AUGGCGGAGGAGAAGGAGUCGACGUCGGUCCCGCUCAGCCAGGCGGCGGAGGCCGUCGACCCCGAGGACCCGGCCAAGUCGCCGCCGCGCCCCAGCUCGCCCACCACCUCCACCCGCAAGGCAUGCUGCGCUGUUCUUCAGAGUUGGGUGUCAAGAAAAUUUAUGACUGGAUGUGUGGUUCUUUUUCCUGUGGCUUUCACGUUCUUCAUCACAUGGUGGUUCGUUCAAUUUGUUGAUGGGUUUUUCAGCCCACUAUAUGCAAAACUCGGAGUCAACAUAUUUGGUCUUGGUUUUCUGACUUCUCUUGCAUUCAUAUUUCUGGCUGGAAUAUUUGUUUCUUCGUGGUUGGGUUCAACUGUCUUCUGGCUUGGAGAAUGGUUUAUAAAGAAAAUGCCAUUUGUAAAGCACAUAUAUUCGGCAUCAAAGCAAGUCAGCACUGCCAUUUCACCAGAUCAAAAUACGACAGCAUUUAAAGAAGUUGCAAUAAUUCGGCAUCCACGUGUCGGUGAAUACGCCUUCGGAUUUAUAACAUCAACUGUUGUCCUUCAGACAGACAAAGGUGAUGAGGAAUUGUGUAGUGUUUAUGUGCCGACAAAUCAUCUAUAUAUUGGUGAUAUAUUCCUGCUGAACUCUGAAGAGAUCAUCAGACCAAACUUAUCCAUUCGAGAAGGAAUUGAAAUUAUCGUUUCUGGAGGAAUGACCAUGCCACAAGUAAUUGCAUCGCUAGAUCCCAUCCCAAGGAAGAGCCAGAGCAUCCGCCUAAAUAGAAUAAUGACAUGA